AUGACGACUCCCGAGGACUCCCAGCCUCAGCCAUCGUCCGGCGAACCCACGCUCCAGCAGAAGUUCUUCCGCUACUUCCAACAAGAGGUGACGGCUCUUCAGGACCAGAUGGACCGUAUAGGCGAUCGUCCUCUCAUUGCCGGUGAGCGAGCAGAUGCCGCGGAUCACUGCCUCGCAGGUAUCUCGCGCCUGUCGUCCGAAGUAAAGGACGCCAGCACCUAUCUUCCCUCUUACGACCAGCGUACAUACGCCGAGGCCGUUAAGGCCUUGCAGGAUAAAUUGCAGGAAACAAGGGCAGCCUUUGCGCCCAAGCAGAAGUUCUCCUUCAAAUCUGCACGCAAGUCCCCGUCCGCCAUUUCUCUAUCCGAUGCCGCCGAGCUAGCCGCCCAGAAACGACGCGGCGUUCCUGGCUAUCUCUCACCCAAUGGCAACACCCCCGGGACUUCCCAGUCCGGCACUCCAGCGUAUCUGCAAACGCCGCCGGACGAGAAGUCGACAUCCUCCAAUCGCCCCGUGCCAGACGCACCACACCCAUCCUCCCUCCAGCAAGCCACCUCCGUCCCCGCAACCCCCGAAGAACAACCCUCGAGACCUGCAUUGUCGACCACCGCAACUUCUACAACCAUCUCCUCGCAGUCCCAUGCGCAUAUCUUGCUCCCGUCCUCGUCCAUCGCCGCACCCACUCCAUGCACCAUCUCUCGCCUCACCUCCUGCAUCCUCGAUCUUAGCACAUCUCGUUCCGCUUCCUUCGCCUCCCUAACAAUCAACAAUGCCACGUCCUCACUCCUCUGCUGCGGCACGGUCAACGGCCCCGCACACGUCACCGGCCUGCGCAACUGCACGCUCGUCAUUGUGUGCCGACAACUCCGGAUGCACGAGUGCGCGGGUGUGAACGUGUACCUCCACUGCACGUCACGGCCGAUCAUCGAGGACUGCAAGGGCAUGAGAUUCGCGCAGUUGCCGCAAACCUACUUCGACCUCACGGCAGCAGGACAGUCGGGUCUAGCGGAUUCCGCCAACCUGUGGGACCAGAUCGACGACUUCAAAUGGCUCAAGUCGGAGCCAAGUCCGAACUGGAGCGUCCUGCCCGUCGGAGAACGGGUGCCGGAAGAGACGUGGCGGGAGGUCGUGCCAGGUGGACCAGGAUGGCGGACAGAAGAUAUAUUGAAGGCUGUUGGCAUCCAACCCCAGAGUGGCCGGUGA